CUCGGCGAGCGGCCCGGGCCUGGGGCCGGGCCCGGCUCCCGCCCGAGGCCGCCGCGGCCCAGCGCGGUGCUGCUGCUGCUGCUGCCGCCGGCACGGGGGGGCCCUGCCCUUUCUGGAGGCCCUUUCUGGAGGCCCUUUCUGGAGGCCCUUUCUGGGCGAUGGGAAAAUACCGUCUGUGUGUCUUUACACGUGAGCUGUUAACCCUUAUCCAUGCCUACAGCCGUGAGGAAUGUGUGUCUGUAGUGGGCAGGCAGAGUCAGCAGGAGCCUCCGGUGCUCAGGAAGGGCAGGAUCAGGCCUUCUGCACAGUAGCAGGAAGACUACAGCUGGGGGACAGCGCUGUGGAUGCCUGAGCGGUAACGGGAAAGCAGCUCUCUUCCUGCUGUUUGCUAGCAGUUCCGCAGUUCUGCGUGGCCAUACUGUUUUGCUAUUUAAACUCAUCUCGGAGAUGGCAGUGAGGCCAGUCCCCCAGGGAUUAUCUUCGUGUAAUUAUACUAAAAUCCAGCUGGGCCCUAAUCCCUGCUCAGGCUGCCAGCCGGGGCUUGCAGCCAGCCUUCUCCCCCCUCAGUGCCCUCCCUCUUUCGGGCACAGCCGGGAACCUUCCCGGUGCCUGGGGGCCAUGGAUGCCCCCAGCCCUGCUGGCUGUCUGCUCUCCCUCACUCCCUGUCUCCUGCCCGUGAGGGGAAUGGCGCUGGCCUAGCACAGCCGUUGCUACCAGGCGUUACCCCCAGGCCAAUGGCCCAAGCACAGCCAGCCUUUAGGGGCCUCUCUCCGCUGGUGUGGGGCUUUUUUUUUUCCCCUGUGGAAGGAGGCAAAGCCGCCCACCGGUGAGUAUGGCAUGAGGUGGGUGGGUGAGUGCCCGGCAGGGCGAGCUGCAGCUGCAGAGCACUCCUCACUUCUGUUUGAGCACCAGGAUGGAGCGGCCCCUGCUCCUUUGCAUCGGGGCUGCAAGGCAGAGGAGGCAUGUGGAGCCUGUGACUUGUGUCAUGAUGGCUUUGUAAAGCCUCCUGGGCCCCCUUGUUGCUGAUGGAGUCUUCCCCAUCACUUAUGCAUAGUUUUCCCUCUAAUGGGGAACCUCAUCACCGUUGAUAAGAAAUAUAAGCAGUAGUCAGAGGGACUGCAUGGUUUUAAGCCUAGGUCUUUAAACCACACCUUUCUUUAUGUGCGCUGCCGGUAGCGCCUCUAGAUUAUUGCCAACGCGCAGAACAAAUCUGGAAAGCCACUUGCUGCCUGUUUGCUGGUGGCGUCUCCCAGCUGGGGCAGGAAAAGGGAGCCAGUUUCGCUUUCAGUUCCCAGAACUGCUGCGCUUCAAACCCGGUAGCUAGAGUGUGUGGAACUGCUGUGGUAGCUCUGCUGUAUCCAGAUGGGCAAAGGCUUCUUGACAUUGAGUUAGUGAAGCUGUCUUCCACUCCAAGAUUUUGCAGUUUGUAUUUACAUCCUCAAACACUGUGAAUCUGUCUGGAUUGCAGACCUAGGCUAGAAUACAGAGCUUGCGCAUCGACAUAGUUUGUACGUGUCAGAGCUCUACAAACUGCUCGUCAAAGACCUGUGUGCUUUUUUCAGCGGGACUCCACUUCUGUGAAGUUUUAAGGCUAAGGUUUAGAUCAUUCUGGUAGUUUAAGGUGAGAGCAGAAGGUGAUAAGGACAGAAUGUAAAUCUUGCAAAGGAAAAUAGUUUUUUUUAAACCAGUUUCACUAAUAAGCUCAACAAUAAACGAUACUGAUAAAAUUAACCAAAAAAACACUAUUAAGCUUUUGCCUAGAGGAUUUUCAUACAGGUGGAUUUGGGCUUUCAUAGGAGCCGUGCUAACUUCUGUGCAUCCUAGCAUGUUUUUUAACAAGCAUUCCUCAUUUAAAUCUUGACUUUCAGACAGUUUUUUUCUCUACAGGUUCGUUGCCUCCCUUGUAUGCGCCAGCAGCAUUUCAAUUAAUUUGUUUGUUCUGGUCACGUUCAACAGCAGAGCUGGAAUUUGAAAGAUAAUUUCUUUCAAGUUCUAUGAAAAUCGGUGGCUGUUAAAAGCAGAGGGGCUUGAAUUCGUAUCCCCAGUGAGGAAAAGGCAGUUAUGUUCACCACUUCGCCUAUUCAAGAGGCAGCAAACAAACGGUAGCCAUUGAUGACAGCCAUUGCAGGUUAUUGCUCGCAGCGUCCCGUGAUACCAGUAGUUUUGGUUAGCUGUGAUUGUCAAGCAUAAGGCAAAGGUGCUCUUCCAGUCCGUAGUCACAGUCCCCAGGAAAGGGACGUGUGGAUGGUGAGUCGGGGGAGCUUAACAGUCCAUGAAGUGCGAGGCAUCGCAUCUGUUACGAUUACAACUUCAGAACCCUUUCACGAGGGGAGUUAUGUGCUGAAAAAUCCACAAAUCUCAUCUGUUUUAGUUCAAAGUUACUGUAUAAAAUGAUCUGUCUGGAUAUUAACCAGCAUUACAUUUUCAGACUGGGAUACCAUUCAAAGCUUUAUUGCUGUUUGAGAUUUGCACUAAGGAUCUGAACAAAUGCCUGGGAGCAAGGACUUUUGAGUUACCGUCCAGUCACUGACCAGCUGGAGUAAGCAAAGCUUUUUAACCUGGAUGCUGAGCGUUGCCUAAACAUAGCUUUAUUCUGUGCUGGAAAAGCACGAAAAGAAACUGGUACCCCAAAGUGCCAUUCAGUCAGGCUCUGUGUUCCUCGGCAAGCAGUACAAAAAUGGGAUUAGGUCUCCGACAUAAACUGCUCAGCCAUGGUUCCUUGAGGGAGUGUGUGGGGAGAAGCUGGUACUGCCAGAGGGCAGUUCCUCUUGCCAGUUUUACACGCUUCCUGGUGUCUAAGGUAGGCAGAGGCAGGCUGUUUCUUUUUCAUACGUGAUGUAUAGGAUUGUCAAAAAGUGUGUUGUCAUUGUAUUUCCUAAUUUUUGUUUGUUUGUACCAGUAUUAAUGGGAUUGAUAGGCCUAGAAGAUGAAAACAAAGAAUCUUCACGACAUCGUGCGUAUACAGAGUUGUGACUUUGCACUGAUGGCAGUUAGAACGUUUAGACAAUAUAGUCCCAUUAUUUUUAAAACCAUCAUUUGGCUUGUGAAGUAAGGCAAGAUGGAGGAGAGAGUUAAGGAAGCCACAAAAAAUGUGCAAGUCUUGCUGAAAUGGAGGUUACAGAAGGCAAAAGUCACGAGCCAGGAAUGUUGCUGUCGUCUGAGAGCUGGACAAAAAAGAAAGCAGGGACCAGACCCUAAUUGCAGGGGAACUCUGUUUUAUUCCAAAUGUGUGAUUAACUUACAUAGAAUAGAUCCCAUUUAUCCUAAAGUAAUAUAAAUUUUAGAAAAUAUCAGCAGCAAUUAAACGAGGGAGUAAGAACUUUCUUGCUUUAUUGUCUAACAUUCUGGUUUUCAUGUGAGCAGCGUCAGGACAAACGGUCUGAUAGAUAAUCUGAUGUAUCCACUACCAGAGACUGACUGAUGCUGAGGGCUACUGUGCAGGAAUGCAUUUGGCCUUACCUGACAUGAGUAUAAUAUUUCAAAAUACAAACUAUGAGACUUCAUCCUGUGCUUUCAGUAACAGUACGUGCCAGUAGGGUUGGCUGCAACCUUGCUGUGAAGUGCUUCUAGCUGUAUGUGAGAGAGUACUUGGGGAACACACCCAGUUACCUCCAGGUAAAGGCUGACUGCUUCUCGCUGGGAAACCAAGACAAGUGUUUGUUUAUAGCUUACAGGGACUGUUUCUCUGCGGAGAACGGAGUCUGCAAACGAGCGAUCUCAGAAGGGUACAGAAAUCAAGUGGAUUAUGUUCUGUGCUUUCAGACCAAAGGCUAAGUCUUGAAAACAUGAUUCCUGCAACUGUUCACACUGUCCUGAGUGCUCUGUAUUUAUGCUGCCACAGAAAGAACUGGUUACACUCGGAGGAGAAACACAAGAAACACUAAGGACUGAAAUGCGCUUGCAGUUAAAGUAUCCUCAUCAUGAAUAGGUACACAACUAUCAGACAGCUUGGUGAUGGGACCUACGGCUCUGUCCUCCUAGGGAGAAGCAUUGAAUCUGGGGAGCUAAUAGCCAUUAAAAAAAUGAAGAGAAAGUUUUAUUCCUGGGAGGAAUGCAUGAACCUUCGAGAAGUUAAGUCGUUGAAGAAACUAAACCAUGCCAAUGUAGUAAAGCUGAAAGAAGUUAUCAGGGAAAAUGAUCACCUGUAUUUUGUGUUUGAAUACAUGAAGGAAAAUCUUUAUCAGUUAAUGAAAGAAAGAAACAAACUGUUUCCUGAGUCUACAGUUAGGAAUAUUAUGUAUCAGAUCCUGCAAGGACUUGCAUUUAUCCAUAAACAUGGGUUCUUUCACAGAGACUUGAAACCUGAAAACCUCCUGUGCAUGGGACCAGAACUUGUGAAAAUAGCAGACUUUGGCUUAGCCCGAGAAAUCCGAUCUAGACCUCCUUACACCGAUUACGUAUCCACGAGAUGGUACAGGGCUCCUGAAGUCCUACUGAGAUCCACCAGCUAUAGUUCUCCAAUAGAUAUUUGGGCUGUUGGUUGUAUAAUGGCAGAAGUUUACACGCUGAGGCCUCUCUUCCCAGGUGCCAGUGAAAUUGAUACUAUAUUCAAAAUUUGCCAGGUGUUGGGGACACCAAAGAAGAAUGACUGGCCUGAAGGCUACCAACUUUCAUCCUCCAUGAAUUUUCGCUGGCCUCAGUGUGUACCUAACAACCUGAAAACCCUCAUACCUAACGCUAGCAGCGAAGCAGUGCAGCUUAUGAGAGACAUGCUGCAGUGGGACCCCAAAAAGCGGCCAACAGCUAGCCAGGCACUCCGAUAUCCAUACUUCCAGGUUGGGCAUGCCUUGGGUGUUCAGGACCUGGCGAAACAAAAGGAACUCCAGGACAAAUCAUCUCUGCAUAUUAAGCCUGUCCCUCCACCACAACCUCCUUCAAAAUCCCAUGCACGUAUUUCUUCACGACCAUUUCAACAAAGCCAGGCUUCUCAUCAUUUGGUCUAUCCGUAUAAGACAGACAACUCCGGGACUGAUCACAGUAACUAUUUACAGGAAGACAAGUCUAGCCAGGUUCUUCUUCCUGCAAUUCACAAUAAGGUUCCUCAGCAGAAAACAUCUGCUGGAACUGAGAACAUAAAUGGUGAACUUAAACCAAAAGCUAGGCGAAGAUGGGGGCAUCUUGCUAGAACAGUGAAGAGUUCUGAAGACUGGGAUGAUUUGGAAGACCUUGAUUUUGGCUCUUCUGUCACAAGAGUUGACCUGAAAAACAAAAAGAGGCAGAAUGAUGAAACUCUUUGUAGAUUUGAAAGCAUUUUGGACCUGAAGCCUUCGGAUGCUGUUGGCUCUGGCAGCAGUGCACCUUCCCACGUUACCUUCCCUCGGCAGGACACUCCCACGUUGCGAGUUUCUGCAGCAAAGCAGCACUACCUGAGACAUUCUAGGUAUCUACCUGGAGUAAACACAAGGAAUAGCUUAGUCUCCACUUCGAGCAAAGAGUCUGUUCCAUCUAAUCCCUGGCCCAGUUCUGGUUUGCCUGGGAAAGCUUCAGGUUUGGGGGGAAGUAUUAACAGGAUAAAUUCAGGUCCCAUAGGAUCAAGUGGUCUAAGUAGUGGUUAUAUCCCUUCGUUUCUGAAGAAGGAAGUAGGCUCUGCUGGGCAGAGGGUUCAGUUAGCACCAAUUGCGGAUCCAUCUUCUAAUUAUGCUUCUCCGAAGUCGGUAAGACCCCAUCCUGGACGGCCCUCAUUCAAUUCCCCAUCAAAAAGCACACCAAGGUUAAUGCCUCUCCCGCCACCAGCUCAGCCGAUUCACGGCCGCGUUGACUGGUCUGCAAAGUACGGUGCUAACCGGUGACGUGUGGAAAAACUUUCUAAACCAGUGUAUAUUUCCCAUGAAAUGGUGACUAACACAAGACAAUUUUAUAUUGUUUUGUAUACCUGUAAAUUUAAAAGAAACAGAUCUUCUAUGGUUGAGACCUUUUUGAAGGUGUUUUUUUAACUUUUAUUUGUAUUAAUUUGGAUGCAAUCUUGUACUUUUUUUGUAUGAAAUUGUUUUAUUAUAUAAUUGGGUCCAAUUAUUUUCAUAACAAAAUCAUUUUGUAUAUAUGGUUGAGGGGUCUUGGCAUUUUUAUAUGAUAAAUUUUUAUAUAAAACUUUUUUAAAAUUUAACUUUUCCUUUAUUGGAUUCAGCUAUUUUAUAAAAGUGGGUUUUAAAAAAAAAAAGCAAAGUGGUGCAAUACUCCAGUGGAAGAGUAGUGAGGAAGGGGCAUUCAUUAGAUAUUUUUGGAAGUUUAUAUGCUAAAUGAGGCUUUAUAAUUUCAGCAGUGUCACAUCCUGAUGCCAUGCUGUUGUUGUACACUCAUUUGCUUUGUAUUGACAUCAAUGAGUAGGGAUGCGUAACAGUGUAAACUCUCCUUUGCAUCCACUGAGAGACUGCUGGAAGUCAGUGGGAAGCUUUGUUGUUGUUGUAUUUAUUUUUACCUUUACAAGGUUUUUGUUGGACUGCUGUCCAGCUUUCUAGUCCCAUUCUUUUUCUUUUACCAGAUCUUGGUAGUCUUCUUUAGUAAAGAGUAUUCAGUAGAUUUGUUUUCUGAUGCUUGUUUGUCCUGUUUCAAAGUUACCUCUUGGUGUUGUUCACUAUGAAACAGAAUGGGGACCUACCUCUGUUAAAUUCAUCGAAAUGUUUCCUAAUGACUUCUAAGGAGAAAAAGUAGAUUCUGCUUUUUUGUCUUUGUUGGGAAUAUAAGAUGCAAAGACAGAUUUAAGACAGUAUUGACAAUUACAAAGCUAGUUUCACAGUAACAAAGUAUUAGUGAGAUACCAGCAGCAGAGUUUAAGGAAGCAGUAUCUAUUGCGUUGACUUAAUUUUUAUAACUGUUUUAAAUCACUUUUGGGAAAAACAUAAAUCUGGGGGAAAUGAAUCAGUUUAAGGUUCCGUUCUGCUUUUCAGUAGGUCUUCACUGCAAUGUGAAGAGUAUGUCCUCCGUUCUGUAAAUUAGGCCCCCAGACUCUACUGGGAAAAACUGGGACCUUACCUCAUUGUACUAAAAAAACAUUCUAAAAUUGUGAUUGAUUCACUGAAACCAUUUAACUGGGUUUAUAGGAGAGCACAAAUGAGCAGGUUAUAGACAAAGGAGAAUAGCCCCAUAGCCUGGGUUAUUUCUGCACUGGAAAGGAGUGCCAGAGUUCAGCCAGCAGCAAAAGGUUUGUUUUGAUCGCAGUCAGCAUUUGGGUGUUCCUGCAGCUCCUUCCACAGAAGGUUAGCCCUGUAGAUAAAACAGUGCUGUGGGAGAACGUCUUUUAUAGCUGCGCUUUGGAAAAGCGCCGUCAAAGCUGAAGUGUGCUGUGAAAUCACAUCUUCCCGCAGAAGUGUAUAGAAAUGCUUAGCUCUGGGAAACCUCACCUGAACUCAUUUUAUGAACAGAUCGGGCAGAUCUUAAAUUUGGGAGACUUAGAUCCAGCCUAAAGGGAUCAGAGCAGGUACUGUUCUCGGCAUCUGGCCAUCUGAAGGAAACAAAGGGCUAGUGUGUGAGUGCGAUCCUCCCUGUGGGAUCUGCCUGCACCCACAAGGGGCACCCACUGCGGACUGGAGGCUGGUGGAAUGCACUGGCGUCUUCAGUUCUUUCCAUGGAGAACAUACAGGACUCAGGAAACAGGACCCUAGAGUAGGCUGCUGGCUCAGUGCUACGGGGGACCGUGAGGGGCACUGGACAGUGUUUGCUUUAACAAACUCAGUCCACAAUGAGACAGUACAAGGCAAAAAAGGAGCAGAAGGCUCUGUGCAUUAUAAAGGUAUACAUAUAAGACUUAUAUGUGCCACGGACAUGUCCAGCUACCCUAAUUACUUGUUACGAACAAGUACUAACUCCAAACCAUACGUAACUGCUUCCAGAGCAGUGAUGCCAACGCGUAGCAGUGACCUAAAGCAGCCAUUCCAACUCUGGAGCACACACUGUCGUCGUCUUGGCUGAGUGGAAAGGGAAAUACGUAUGUUUGUGUUAGAACUGGAAAGAUAGUUGUUUCUCUUGUUGGAAAUAAAUACCUGUAUUUAUGUCUAGAUAUCAUUUAAUUUAUUUUAUCGCUGAAUAAUCAGUUCAAGAGGAAAUACCCUGAACCUGAUCUAAGUAUCCUUAGACCGAAGUAAGCAAUUUCAGUAGUCUGUUUCAUGCAUAUAAUUCCUAUUAAUGGAAGCAGGAGACAAGUCACAAGAACGGGCUGCAGAGGCUUGGAUUCAUCCUACCUAACCACUGCUGCCUAAGCAUGAGCUGAUUCUCUAAACCAGAGGUAAGUGAGAAUCACUCUCGAGAAACUCAGCUCGCCUGAGAACUUCAUAGCCCCCUGGAUAUGCACGGGUCUCUCCCCGCUAACGGUGGGGACUACUCAGCAUGCUUAACAUGGUACACGGUGAAUCUGGACCUGGCCUGUAAUCUCUGAACUUUUAUCAGCCCAGCCCUGCAGCGGUGAACCUGAAUAUGGCAUUCAGGUUUUAGUCAGCCCAGCAAAAGUAUUAGAAAAAUAGUAUUAAACUUUUUUUGGCACAACGCCCCCUCUCCUGAAAGAAAAAAGCCAUUAUUUUUGAGGGAAAAAAGCUAAUAAUCUUUGACAUUCAGAAUGAUUUCUAGUUUUAACUUAGUUGGAUGGAAAACUUGUGAAGUAUUAGUAUAUUGGCAGCACUCUUGUAGCCUUUACUCAAGCAGAUUCCUACAGAUGUUGGAGAAAGUUCUUUCUGAGCUAGGACUGACUUGGCUGAGCAGCAUAUCAUGCUGUGUUCUCACUGUGCAGCACAGGUGGGAAAGACGUUACUCUGGUUGUUACACUGAAAUCUGGGCAAGCAGCAUAUCAGAAUUUAUCAUAUGUAGUCUACUACUUUGUGUCUUAACGUUUAGCAGCUUCUUUGUGCAAAAUGUUGCUCGAAUUCUGCUGUCUACUUUUUCCCUGCCUUAUGCAUAGCGUGUAAUGGCUGUUGGAAAUAAAGGAGCCUGACAGUGGAUCAUUCACCUCUGUAAUCCAGGUUUUCGUAAAAGUCUGUGUGAGUGCCAUGAUGUUAGCCAAAAAAAACCCACACCACCAAUUCCGUGGUAUUUCCGUGUCUAAUAAGGCUGUUGUUGUGAAUAGGGUCUUCCAGAAGGAGAGGAGAAUGUUUCUGAGCUUCUGUGGAAGAAGAGGGUGGAAUUGUUGAUGUGAAUACGAUCAUGAAGAAGUAAUGGUUCUUGUUCCUUCAGUGUUUUUGUUCAAAACUGUUGCAAAUGUUUUCUUUUCUUCUGUGUCAAGUCUCCUGCCCAGAAUAAAGUUACUAUUGAAGAAA